AUGAAACAAAGUAAAAAUAAAAAUAUUUCAAGUGAAACAGUAGUAUCAUCAGAAACAUCUGAUUACAGUUCUGAUAACAUCAGUACAAUGAUGAACAACCUGAAUAUUGGUGAUACAUUAAAAGUAGAUAUAAGAAUGAAAAAGAUAGGAUGUAAUUUAAUAAUAAAAGAAAGCAGUUCUAAAAUUAUAAAAGCGGAACCUCAAAAUACAAGUUAUAUGGAUAUGAGAAAAACACGACAAACAUGUCCAUAUGCAGAAAUUGAAGAAUUAUUACAUGUUGAAAAUAUUCUUGAUACAGAAACAUUGACAAAAAUUGUUAAAGAAGCUUCCGAUAUUUAUGAAAAUUAUAAAGCUGAGGAAAAGAGUGUUAUGGCAUCAUACAGAUAA